UUUUUUCUCCACCGCUUUCCAACACCCAAAAAACAACAGUACCACCGCCACCUUACACAAAAAAGCUUAUCAUUUUCCGACAAUACCCUGCCAUGGGUAUUCCCGGCUGCGACGACGUCGUUUUAAUCGAACAAUCCAAAAACUCCGACAACCCGACCGUCGUUACCGUUAAUUGCCCCGAUAAAGCUGGUCUCGGGUCUGACCUUUGCCGCAUAAUUCUUGAAUUUGGCCUCUCCAUUACUCGUGCAGAUUUUUCAACAGAUGGGAGAUGGUGUUACAUGGUAUUUUGGGUGGUACCACACUCUGCUUUACAUAACCCUAAUUGGAAUAGCUUAAAGAACAGGCUUUCCUAUGCUUCACCUCCUUGUUUGGGUCCAUUUUACUUUGAUCAGAAGUUUAGUGUCACUUCAGUGCCUUCAUUGUAUCUCUUGAAGUUUUGUUUCGUUGACCGGAAAGGAUUGCUUCAUGAUGUUGCUAAAGUGCUUACUGAGCUUGAAUUUUCAAUUCAAAGAGUGAAAGUUAUGACAACGCCCGACGGGAAAGUUCUCGACUUGUUCUUCAUUACAGAUGAAUUGGAUCUUUUACACACAGAAAAAAGGCAAAGUGAUACGUGUAGACAUCUGGCCACAGUUUUCAAAGAGUAUUGCAUCAGCUGCGAGCUUCAACUAGCAGGACCUGAAUAUGAAAGUCUUCAGUCUUUGUCCUCCCUCCCUCAGCCAAUUGCAGAGGAAUUAUUUAGCUGUGAGCAAUUAGAAGAGAAAACUGUUAACCAGUCACUUGGCGCUGGUAAAGUAGCAGAGAAGGCCAUUGUUACGGUAGAUAACCAAAUGAGUCCAGCUCAUACAUUACUUCAAAUAAAAUGUAUUGAUCAGAAAGGCCUAUUCUAUGACAUAUUGAGAACAUCAAAGGACUGCAAUAUCCGGGUAACUUAUGGUAGAUUUUCUUCAAGUGUCAAAGGGUACCGGAGUAUGGAUUUAUUUAUUCAGCAAAUUGAUGGAAAUAAGAUAUUAGAUCCUAAGAUGCAACUUGCUUUGUGUUCUCGUUUAAAGACAGAGAUGCUUCAUCCAUUUCGAGUAAUUGUUGCAAACCGUGGUCCUGAUACUGAACUCUUGCUUGCUAACCCUGUUGAGUUAUCUGGGAAAGGAAGACCUCGUGUUUUCUACGAUGUUACUUUGGCUCUGAAAACAUUAGGAAUAUGCAUUUUCUCGGCUGAAAUCGCAAGACACGCAACUCAGGAUCAACAAUGGGAAGUAUACAGAUUUCUCUUGAACGAAAACUGUGAAAUUCCAUUAGCAUGUGCGCAAGCCAGAAAACGCAUAGUCGAUAGAGUUAGAAGAACACUGAUGGGCUGGUAAGGCAAUUCGAGUAUUGAUCAUCAUGGCGACAAAAAUAGUUUUGACAUCCCACAGUUCCUCGCAAGUUGAGCAUCUGAGUACCUCUGGAGUCUGGACCAGCAGUGAAUAUUGUUUAGCGAUAUGACGUGAUGUAUGGCCAGGAUUGUCUCAUGACUUUUCUUGGCUUCAACCAUGUAUCACAAUUUGAUCACAUAAUCACAACUUGUUAAUGAUUAUUUGUGGGAAACUAGUUUCGAUUGAGAGUUGUAAAUAUUUUAAUGUUAUUGUUCUUCCUGCAGUAA